AUGCCCAAGUCUCGAAAUGCUCUUUUAUCAUUAGUGGUAUUCACCACUGCCGUCACAUCCACGUCAAUUGGAUAUGACUCUAUGGUUAUGGCUGGAGUCAUUGCAGUUCCCCAGUUCACCAAUUUUUUCCACCUCAAUCCGACCAUCAACGGCUUGAUGAAUGCCAGCGUAUGGAUGGGAGGACUCAUUGCAUGUUUGUUCACACAAUUCUUGUCCGACCAUUAUGGGCGUAAGAGAGCCAUCAUCAUAUCAUCCCUUGUGAGUUUUGUCGGUGUCAUUUUGCAAACAGCCUCCACCAGGAAUAUAGGAAUGUUUAUCUUCGCCCGAUUGGUGAUUGGUAUUAGCAAUCAGUUGGCUGGAACAGCAUCUCCGCUAUUGAUUGCAGAAAUAGCCCCGAAGUUGAUUCGGGGUUUUAUGGUUGGUCUCUAUUUCACAUGCUUUAAUGUCGGUGCCAUUAUUGCUUCUGGAGUAACAUAUGGAAGUGUUGGAAUCCCCAAUACCUGGGCGUGGAGACUUCCAUCACUCAUCCAGGCCGUUCCGAGUGCAUUGAGCUUACUCCUUCUAUUCAUAGUACCUGAGUCGCCAAGAUGGAAGAUAGCAAAUGGCCAGUUGGAGUAUGCGGUGGAAGUAUUCCAGGUGAUUGACACUACCAACGAAAAAGAAGCUCGUGCCUAUGUUCAUCGACUUAAGCAAACCAUCGAAGAUGAAUCGACAAGCUCCAAGAAUGCGUGGACGGUGUUGCUUCACCCUUCGCAAGCUGAUAAACAGCGUUUGAUAAUAGUGUUCACAUUCGCCAUGGUUGUCGAAUUGGCAGGCUCUUCCGUAGGAAGUUGGUACCUCACUAUUAUCAUGAGACAAGCAGGCAUCACGGACACCGAUAAACUUUUGCAGAUCAACUUAAUCAGCUCGUGUUGGAACUUUGUCUGCGCAGUGGUUGGCUCAUACAUGUUCGACCACAUAGGAAGAAAGAGACAGGCUAUCGGUGCGAUGAUAGGAAUGAUUGCAACGCUUUUUCUUCUAGGAGGAUUUAUGAAAACGUACGGAGAAAGCAACAACAAAGCCGGACAGUACGCAACUAUUUUUUUCAUGUUCCUAUUCAAUGGAUGCUACAACUUCAGCAUCACUCCCCUCAACUGUCUUUAUCCAUCUGAGCUAUUCCCCAUGAAAACGAGAGCGGCAGGAACCACCAUAUUCAAGUUUUGGAACAGCGGAUUCGGGCUCUUGGGCACUUUCAUCUUGCCAAUUGCAAUGACUAGGAUAGGAUGGAAAUUUUAUGUCAUCAAUGCUAGUUAUGAUGUUGUAUUACUAGCUUUGGCUUACAUGUAUUGGGUCGAGACGAAAGGUAUGAGCUUGGAAGAAAUCGGACGAUUGUUGGGAGAUAAGGACGUAUGUAUCCCGGAAUUAGACGGAUUGGAAUGUAUCAGCGAGCUGAACACAGCCAUUUAUAUAAAGAAAUAA